ACGGAUGAUAGAUUGAUGUUUGUAAUAUUCAUCAUAUAUUUCCAUGAACAGCCUCUAACCACGAGACUCUCACAUUCCUCCACACAUCCCAUUUCUCCUUGGAUCUCUGGGAGAAAGGACUCAUCUUCGAACUUCAGAAGCAAAUAAGACACUCUCUGGAAGUUAGCAUAUCAUUCUCCCUCUCCAUACCCAGCGUAUUUGAGCGUAAAAAACUGUGAAUUGAAGGAUAUUGGUCAGAAAUGGCGGGUGAUAUUGAAGAGCCUUUUAGGCUCAAUUUCCAUGGGGAAUCUCUUAGGUCCGGUUCCAUAUCAUUUGGGCGGUUUGAAAACGAAGAUUUGUGUUGGGAGAGGAGGUCGUCUUUCUCACACAAUAGGUACCUCGAAGAGGUUGAGAAAUAUUCAAAGCCAGGCUCUGUUACUGAGAAGAAGGCAAUUCUCGAGGCCCAUUUUAAAAGGCGGGCAGCACUUUCAAGCCAAAGCUCUUCAGAGUCUCAUAGCAGCAAGAUUGAGUGCCAAACUAGUGGAAAUGAUCUAUUUGAGGAUAAUGCCAAUGAAGCGGUAGACAUCAGAGUGACUGAGAGAGGGGGGUAUGAUGGGGAUUUUGAACGGUUCAAUGAUUGUAGUUAUUCCACACAGAGCCAUGAUGUUGAACCCGAACCGACAGGGUGUGAAAGUGAAGAUCGUGGGCUUUAUUAUUAUUGCAACAAUGAUGAUUAUGAAACUCAUAGUAAACAUGGUGAUGAUACUAGUGGGGUUGUUUGUGAACAUUUUCAAGAAGAAGAGGAUUGUAGUGCAGUUACUGGAAGAACAACAACAACAGUCAACUGUGAUGAUGAAUCAAUGCUUCUCACCAAUGGGAAUGUAAGAGCUGAAAAUGUGACAUCAAGCACAGUCAGCCUGGUUCCUGCUUCUUACGAAAUUGAAAGUGAAAUUGAAAAGUGUGCAAGCACCAGUUCAGAGUCACAACAACAAAGUAUUUCCCCAAAGGGCCCGUGUGUUCUUAGGACCGACCAUGGCAAUGUCACUUUUGAUUCUCCAACCAUGGUGAACUCUGAAUCACAUUUGAAAUCUGGAGCAUCUUUACAUAAUGCUGUUAAGCAUAGAGCAACGUUCCCGAAACAAGAUGCCAAGGACCUUACAGGGAAACCUAGAAGGAAGAAAUCUGACAUUUUAGUCAGGGAGAAACCGGUUUUGCAAUCAAGUGCUACUGCUACUAACUGUUCCAUUUCAACAACACCAAAUUAUGAGGACUCAUUUAGUUCAAGAAGUAAUAUUUAUGAAGAAAGUACAAGCACUGAAAAGAAAUAUAGGACAAAAGAAAAGGUUGUCAAUAAUAGGUAUCAAAGUCCAAGCAGGCCCAAGUGUGGUGAAAAUAGUAAAAGUACACCAGGCAUGAAGCAAAGCUGUUCUUCUUUCAGUUUUAAGAGUGAAGAACGUGCAGAGAAGAGAAAGGAGUUCCUAAUAAAGCUAGAGGAGAAAAUGAAUGCUAAGGAAGCUGAAAUGCAUCAACUUCAAGCAAGAAGGCAGGAAAAGUCUGAAGCAGAGAUAAGAAGGUUGAGAAGAAGCCUAAAUUUCAAAGCAACUCCCUUGCCUUCUUUUUACCAUGAAGAUGGGCAACAUUCAAAUAGAAAUAAGAACAUGGGCAAUAGACCCAAACCAAGUAUGCCGCGCAACAAUCAUUCACACCCAACUGACCUGAGCACUUCAUUAGCUGCUGAAAACAGCACAUCUACAUCUGGGUCGACAAAAAACGGGGCCCACUUCACUCGUAAAGUUCUGAAUGCUCCAUCACCACAAGCCUCGACCAAACAUCGCUCAACAAUAUCUUCUGAUGGCAGCAUGUCCUCUUCACAAGUCUGCAUGGGUGACAGAAAAAGCCGCAAAAUCAAAGUUGUAAAAGAGGAUACUAAACGAGGUAUCAACUCGCGCAGCAGUAACCGUAGAUUCAAUUGCCUUGCAGUUGGCGCAGCCUCCUAAAAUGUGGUCAUAUCAAAAGCACUUUACAUAUAUGCAUGCAUUCUCUCCUUUUAUUAACAAAAAAUGAAAUUUUAUCAAUUAGUUGGUUGUUACUCUGUAAUCUGUAUGCACUCAUGCGAACACCCACAUAUGUAUAUAUAUAUGGAGCAUGUAAUUAUGUGUAGUUUGAGAGAUUUUGUUGUUGGGACAUUGGCAAGAUGUAUUAAAAUGCUGCACUAAAGAAAUAAAAGGCCACUAAAUUAGUGAGCAUGCUUUACAUUUGGUACAGUAAUAUUUAUCCUGAUUAUAU